AUGUCAGUGGGAAGGACCAAUUUUCACGCGUUCACCAGUGCGCUUGUGUCGGUACUGUGCCUGUCCCUGGUGGCGCUCCGUGUCGGCCAGGUCACCGGUCAAUUAUUGGACACCGAGUUCCAGCCAACGGUCACGGCAACAUGCAAAGCCGGCCACAUGACGAUACGGGUGAAUCUGAAUCAGAGUUUCGUCGGCGCCGUUCACGCCAGGGAUUUUCGAACGCCGCAAUGCAUGGCGCCCGGAAACGGCACGAAUCAUGCGACCCUCGCUAUUAAUCUUUUAGCUCCCAAAGGAUCGCCCGAUUACUGCGGUGUCCUGGUAAAUAAUGACAACGAGGAGCGUUCCAUCCCCAUCGCGGUGCGGAUACAUAAGACCCUGGAGCUGGCGGACGAUAAAUUUUACGUUAUUACGUGCGGAAAGGCCGGAUUCAAAAAUGCGAAGAAUGAAACUUCGUUAGUGUCGUUGCGCCUUUUGGACGGUGGCUACAAAGUGCAGGAGGCUAUUUAUGGUCACAACUAUACUUUGCGUGCGGAGAUCUCGCGACCAGAUGGAAUGUACGGAAUUAAGGUGAAAACGUGCUUCGCCUUCAAUAAGCGGAACAACAGCGUGCAGCUGAUCGACGACAAAGGGUGUCCCGUGAAGGCUCGGGUCAUGACGAAAUUCAUAUACGAUCGGAACACCGGCCUGGCGGAUGCGACAUUGUUCUCGAUGUUCCGGUUUCCUGACAGCCCGCAAGUGCACUUUCAAUGCGACAUCGCCGUUUGCAGAGGAAGCUGCGGUAUCCCUAUUUGCGAAGGCGAUAACGAGGAAGAAAUAAAGGGAGCGUCUUUAAUUAAUGGGCAAAGCGUGAGCGGCGAGGAAGGAGUGCUUCUUGCCGGCACGAGUGUGUUCGUUCUUGACCCUGGUCAAACGCCAUCUGUACAAACUCUGUACGAGGACGGCACAGUCCACCCAUUAUGGCUGCUAUGGCUGGCCGUAGCUCUUGGCAUUCUGUUCCUCAUCAUGCUCAUUAUCAACAUAUUCCUCUGCUCCGCGAUGACCUGCAGUUGCACCAGGACCGACAUCAUCGAGAAAGAACCAUCGAUCAUCGAAGAUUACGAUCCCUAUCGUAGCUGGCACGGUUCCCAAUAUGGCUCGAGGUACUCCUUAAAUGGGAAGCAAGGAUACGCUUCUGGAGGAUCGACGAUGAACUCGACGAGGUCGAUAUCGACGAACAGCGAUCACUACGCCAUAGUUCACUCCAGACCAGGAAGCAGAUACUCUGGACCCGGUCAGAAGCAUCAUCACCAUCACAGAGGGCCGCCGUCGAACAUUGGUUCCCAUUAUUCCGGCAAAUAAUAUCCUUCGUAGCUACUUAACCGGAAAACACGGAGCGAACAAUUAUUUUCGAUUGAACGUAUCAAGCAAUAAUUCUUCGUUUUUAACAACCGAAAUCGCAUGUAACGGGUAUUCAGAUUCUAUGUGAAUCGUCACUCACGCCGUUCGAACGCAAACUAUCCAUCAAU